AUGUCGGGUCUCGACGGCGUGUUCAAAUCAUUCACUCACGACGCGCCCGCUAUGGACGGGCGUACAUUUGUGAAGUUGUGUAAGGACUGCAAGGUAUUUGACAAGAACUACACGACAACGGACGCCGACCUUGUCUUCACAAAAGUGAAGGCAAAGGGCGCCAAGACCAUCACUUUCGCCGAGUUCGAGGCGGCGAUCGGCCUCAUCGCGGAAAAGAAGAAAGUCUCUGCGCAGGAGCUCUCGGCACAAAUAUCUUCAGCCAGCGGCCCCGUUUACAGUGGAACGAAAGCCCUUCCGAACAAAUUUCAUGACGAUAAAUCUCUGUACACAGGGGUCCAUGCCAACGGAGGUCCAAGUACCGUCGAUGGCAACAUCAACGACAUUUCGCAGAUCCUUGACCGAUCUGCAGCAACAGUGAGAGGCACGAAAAUGUAA